CAGACGCUCUCUGAGCUGAACGACGACGCGCGAAUCCAGCUUCGGGGAACGUCAAACUUGCUUGCAAAAGAGGGCUUAUUGUAUUGGAGACUCCCCAGCCAUGUUCGACCCAUCUCGAACACUCUCCCUUGAAUCACUGCAGUCAAAGUCCGCUGCACCUGAACCCGUGUUUCGUCGCCGCAAGCGACCUCGGAACGAAGGCCUGCGCAGGGACCGGAGGAGCAGGAGCCGAUCACGUAGCCCCGAGCGCACAGUUCGCGCUCGGUUAUCUUCGCCGGAUUCUCCGC